AUGUCAACUGAAAAAACUUCAGUAAAAAGUUCAUUAUCUGAAAAUAAUAAUAAUAUUAAUUAUGUUGAUAUACAUAUUUCAGAAAAAGAAACAAACAUCUUUAAAAAAUCAGAAGAAAAAACUGAUUCAUUAAAUAUUCAAGUUAAAA